AUGGUCACCUGCUGGCCUCAGCCAGCCCACGAGUCCUUGGACAUAUCCAGCGCUCGGUGCUGCUUCGUGUUUGCCCUGGGCUACCUGACGGUGUGCCAGGUCACCAGGGUGUACAUCUUCGAUUACGGACAGUAUUCUGCGGACUUUUCCGGCCCGAUGAUGAUCAUCACGCAGAAGAUCACUAGUCUGGCUCAUGAGAUUCACGACGGUGAGUUUCAGAAUCGGCCCCCACCCUCUGCCGCAGUCGGCCUGACCCUGCCGUGUCGCGGGCCGGGGGAGCCCUGCAUGGACGCUGACCGCGGAGGGCGUCGGGGACGCGCGCCUCUCUCCCUGUUCCCACUAACCCCGCCACGCAGUCGCAGCCGAUCUUUUUGCCGCCAGACGAGCCCAAAGCCCCGCGGCGGCGGGCGGCGGCGUCUCUCGAGCGGGUGCUUGCCUUGCAGACGCAUGCCCAGCCUGCUGGAGCACCUCAGCUACACCUGCAACUUCAUGGGCAUCCUGGCCGGCCCCCUGUGCUCUUACAAGGACUACAUCACCUUCAUCGAAGGCCGAUCGUCCCACGCGACGCAGCCGGGCGGCCACGGCAGGGAGGACGACCCGCGCGGGAGGCCGGAGCCUUCUCCCAAUGCCGCCGUGCUGCAGAAGCUGCUGGUCUGCGCCCUCUCGCUGCUGCUGCACCUGACCGUGGCCAGGGCGCUGCCCGUGGAGCGCAACAUCGACGCCCACUUCCGAGCCACUGCCUCGUGGCCGGCCAGGGUGCUCUACCUGUACGUCUCUCUCCUGGCGGCCAGGCCCAAAUACUACUUCGCGUGGACGCUGGCGGGAAGUGCAGGCCAGGGGGCGGCUGCGUCGCAGGGAGAGGCCAGGAGGCCCAAGACAGCUUUCGCGGGAGGGGCCGGCUCCGAGGGUGGAGGUGUGGCCGAGGCGCGGGAGGCUGGCCAGGUGUGCAGGGAGGGGACGCGGGGCUGCGGCUUGGGCAUCGCCACGGACGCGCUGCGGUCAGUGAGCCGGUCCGUGGGAGGCCACCGCGAGGCCACCAUGAGCUCUAGCGGCGUUUCUUCGGGGCACCACAGCUCCCACGAAGAUUCACACUCAGAAGGAGACUGCGGCCACGCUGCCAACGACGGACGGUCGAUGUCUACAAGCUUCAAGAUGUUUCUUGAUAACUGGAAUAUCCAGACAGCUCUUUGGCUCAAAAGGGUGUGCUACGAGCGAGCCUCCUUGAGUCCGACCGUCCAGACCUUCGUCCUGUCGGCCAUCUGGCACGGGGUGUACCCGGGCUACUACCUGACCUUCCUGACGGGCAUGGUGAUGACGCUGGCCGCGCGCACUAUGAGAAAUAACUUCAGGCAUUACUUCGUCGACCCGCCCCCGCUUAAACUGCUGUACGACGUGGUGACGUGGGCGGUGACCCAGGUGGCCAUCAGCUACACAGUCGUGCCGUUCGUGCUUCUCUCUGUGAGACCGUCGGUCACCUUCUACAGCUCCUGGUAUUUCAUUCUUCACAUUCUGGGGAUCCUGGUGUUACUGUUGCUGCCGGGGAAGAGACCCCAAGGAGGGCGGGGCACCAACGAAGAUGCCCAGCUGCCACCACCUAAGAAGUUCGACGACAGGGACGGCUCUUGGGGACAGAACAGUUUUCCCACAACAAACAGCGUUUACGGCCUCAGCCAAGAAAGAGCCUCGAGACACUCCUCGCUGAGGCAGUGACGGGACGUGCGCCCGCCGUGCUCUGUGUUAGCGGAAACCUGUCUCACACCUGUCCAGGCGUUGUGCAUGUUUGCAGGGGCGCAGUGGGGAGCCCGGGCGUCCCGACGGGAGUCCCUGGUAUGCCAGACCGGACGGAGGGGCCCCGGGCCGCGCCGGGUAGGACGUGCCCCACACCGGGCGCUCGGCGGCGCGGGUCACGGGGUGCGGCCCCGGGGCGGUGGGAGGCUGCUGUGUGCGUCUGGGUGACGGAGAGCGACUGGUGACUUUUCCUAAUGAAUGUCUUGCCUUAAACCCUCUGUUUCCUAAACUCUUGCUCCCAGGGGUCUUUGCAAGUGUGACCGGGUGAGGACGCUCCCUCAUGUCUGCCGUGCGUGCUGCCGAGGACCUGGGGGGCCCGAAACAGGCCAUUUAAGGGUGUGGAGACUCCGACAUUGCAAUAAACAUCUCAGUAUUGGAAGGGCUCCCUUAGCGUGUCUGCGGCGGCCGCUGCUCGCGGGGAAGCCGUGAAGGAGGCAGGGACCCAGCGCAGGCCGUUCGCGAAGAGCGUGCGCCCGGGUCAGGCAGCGCCCCGCAGGGGCUCCCAGAUGCGGCAGAAACGCCGCUGUUUGCUUCCACACGAGAGAGGGCGAGAGGAGGGCAGGCCUGAGUGGAGGCCGUGCUGGGGCCAGGCCGCCGGGCGGCUGAGGGGCAGGGUGGCCGCGCCCGGCGGGCCUCCCGGGCGCCCAGUUGUUUGUGCUGAGGUGAGGCAUGAAGUUCAGGGACUGGCUGUUGCUUUGGACUUUAAGGGAAACUUGUGAAACCCAAACCGUCUGGAGCUGGGACGGAGAAGCUGCCGGGCGCUGGCCGGUCUUGGGAGACGCUCGCGCGCCCAUCACUCUGCCCCUUGGCAGUUCGAUUCCUGUUUGGGAAAGUGUGAGGGAAGUGAGUACAGUGAGUCACCGGGCGGGCGAACCACGUUGUGGGAGAGAGCUAAGCAUUCGCUCCUUCCAGACUCGGCUUCUCACCUCAAAUUUGCUUGUUAGUGGGUUUUAGAUUCUCAAGUAUAAAAAUGUGCUUUUUAGUUUUACGGGUCAUUUUCCCCCUAUUCUGUUCAGCUCUCCAGAGAGCGAGACGCGAGGGCUGGUGAGGGUGGCGUGGCAGAGAGCAGGAGAGGGGCUGGGAGCGCAGGGCAGGCAGGCAGGGCCGGUCAGAGACAGAAAGGCCUGAGUGUCCCCUGCCUUUGACCAGUUUUGUAGAACUUUUCUUUUGCCUUAAAUCUUUCAAGGAAGUGCUGGACUGUCUGCCUAUGGUGAGCCUCUGGGGAUUUUUGUUAGGAAUGAAUUUGCAAGUGCAGUUAAGGGCAGAUUACCUGGCAUCUUCUCGAAGCGGGCACGCAGCGCUGGGAACGGCUCUGCGCACAGCCAGCAGAAGCGUCGGUGUUUCAUUUUAGAAAUUCAGAAAUAAUCCUGGUCUUCGUUGAUACGAAAUGCUUUUCUUUUUCUCAAGGUGACUUGUUUCCACCGUCCCAAGAAAGGACAGCUAAGCAGAGGGUUUAAGGCAAGCAAAGGUAGCUAAAGAAUUCCUCCCUCUCCCAGGUAGAGAAGUUGAGCUGGCGUCUGACCCGAGGACAGAGCGGGAGUGGCUGCCACCCGCCGUCUCCUCGGCAUCUAGGUAGCGCUGCCGAGGCUGGUCAGGACUGCGGGAAUAAAGAAACGUAGAUGUUAGAGGACAGCCUCUCCUGUCCCAGGUGAGCGCGAGAAGGCCUCGAAGCUUCCUUUAGUUCAGUGUCCCUGGCCCCUUGAGGACAGUCGCCACUUAUUCCUGCUACCGACUGUUUCACUCCUCAGCCGUGAACACGGUUACCUGCUGCUGCCCCGGGCCCUGUCACCACCCGGCAGGCAAGAUGGUGGUGGAGACUCCGCCAGCCACCCUCCAGACUGGCCGGCGUCCCUCUGGGUCAGCUGGUUUGAACUGAAAUGGCUUCGGCGUAGCUUUCUGCAAGUUCUGGAGAAACUAUAACCACUGAUACACACUAACCUAGAAGAAGAACUUCUGAUUCUUAACUGGGCUUCUCAGUUCUCAAGAAGGGUCUCUGCGCUGUGGAGGGGCAUUGAGGGGCAUCUGCGGGGACUGCCGGCCGGCGCGUCUCCGCUGCUGAGUGUCACGGGCUUCCCCGCGGUGUGUGGGCUCAGGACAUGUUGGGGCCGUUUCUCCACCUCUCAGUUGUCCUGCAGCCUCCAGAGAGCCAGCCAGCCUCGUAUUUACGCUUUAGGCUCAUUACAUUCUACUCAGGGAAAAAAGCGAGCAGAAGUCAUUAUUCUUCCCUCCGCUUCAUGUUCUUGAAACAGCGACCGCUCACCGGCGCUGGCUGUUGUCCGCCCUCUGGCAAGUGGCUGAUUGUCAGUGUUUAAACAUCGUUUGUCUUGGAACUCAGGGGCAUUCUAGCUCCUAGAACAGGGACGGUCUCCCCGGCUCCAGAAGGCGCAGCCACCCCUCUGCCGCCGCAUGCCGCCACCCCGCCUCGUGCGGCCGCAGAGACGGGGUCUCCGGGCAGCCGGGGCGAGUCGCAGGGAAGAGAAGAGGGGCUCCGUAACCUGGGGGCUGCUGACACCAAGGCGGUGGUGACCGUGGCCGGGCCCCGGGCCGCCGCGGCUCACCUGCCCCGGGGCCUGUGGGCCGGGGCCCCCUGUAGGCCGAAGGACCUGCACGAGCCCGGGGGGCCUUCCAGAAGGAGAUGGCCGCGCCCCUGCGUGCAGUGUGUGUGGGAGAGAGUGGGUGCGUGAGGGAGUGUGGGAACGUGUGUGAGUGUCAGAGUUGUGGGUGUGGGGGAAAGCGUUUGUGAGUAUGUGAGUGCGUGCGUGUGAACAAGUGUGUGAGAGCGUGAGCGUGAGUGUGAGUGAGUGUGAUUGCGCUGAAGGGGGCCCGCUGGGAUCUGGGAAGGUCCCCGGAGACGCGUGUGUCAGGGGCCGUCCGCGACUGGCAUUUCGUGGGCGGGGGGUCGUCCUGGCAACGGAGCAGACCUCUGGGUCCAUUAGCCCAGAGCAGGCCGCCGGCCACUUCUACGGACCAUGCCCCGACACAGUCUGGCACAGGCACAGCACAUCGCCGCGUGCGUUCUCUGCUCUUAGGCUUCCGUGUGUGCCCUGGGCCACGGAAGAAUGUCCGCCCGCUGUGGUUGACCGAUGUUUGGGCGAGGCUGACCACUACGUGAUUUCUCAAAUAAGAGUUCUUUGGAAGAGUCUUAAGGCGUGUUUAACUUGACCGCACCUUAUUUUAAAUUACAGAAAGAAUUAAAAAUAUGAAAUGUAAAAUUCUAUUUGAGGAGCAGUUACGCUUGGGACAGAAAUCGCGUUUAAAAUUCCUGCUCUGUGAAUGAUCUGCAUGUUCAGGAGCCACUCUGGACAUUUGCGCUUCCUCUGUUUCCUUAAACAUAAUACACAUCGGGGUUACUAGCGGGCGUCAAAGGGGAAGACCACUUGAGAGAACAGGUGUUUCAGAAUGGUGCCUGUUACUGUGUCAGUGAAGAUUUUGUCCAGUUUUAUGUCUAAACCAGCAUUUGUGAAUUUUACUCAGGCACCGAUAGCCCCUCUGAACUGGAGUCGAAUACAUCAGACGGGAGGUAGGUGCAGAAGUCUCGGUAAACAGUGAAGCACAGUCUCAAGUACCUUGCGGAACUUAGACCUGGCCCGGGGCGCGUGUGGUGAGGGGCUGGUCGGUCACGUUUGCACGUACGUAGCUGCUGGAACCGAGUUUAUGCCCCUUGCGCUGCCGGCGCUGAAGAAGGGCAUCGUGCACCGGCGGGAUGCCACGCUGGAACCGGGGCGCGAGGCGAGAAGUCGGCGUCUGCACGGUGUUUUCCGUGGCACCGGCCGGCGUCAGCUGAAGCUCUCGUAGCACAUCGUGGAGGGAAGUUUUAAAGGAAAUUCUCCACGUUGGCAUUUUGGAGGACUGCCCGUGUCCGGUGAAUAGCUGUGUUCUGGAGGCUCUUGUGCAAGGACGCCGCCAGUUAGGCUUCAGUGGGUGGACGGCAUGCCUAGUACUGUUUCAUCUGCCUCAACAUCAGAUUUGCUGGUUUUACAUGAUUAAAAUCCCAGUGAAGAACUGACAAGCUGCAAGCUCUGGGUUGGGAAGGCCUGAAGCAGCCAGGACACCCGCACCCCGACGUGUCUCCCCUCCCGCGACCGCUGUGUGGGCCCACCCUUUGCGAAGGCCCAGAGCCGAGAGCCUGCGGCGCUCCUGUGCGCGGCUGCUCACCCAGCUCGCUGGCCCGGGCAGCUCCCUGCCCAGCUUCUGCCACCUAGACGAGUGGACCGCGAAGAGGCACCGAGGCGCCGAGCGACUGCCAUAAAGUGGGCGUUUUCUUAAAGACGCGUCUGAGCGGGACAGGGCCACACCCUGUGACUGCCCUGCUUAGUCUGCGUGGGCAUCUUCUGAGAAAUCGCUUUACUGCUCCUUUCUGUCCUGUUUCUGUGAGGGGCAAAGUUAUGUAACUUGGUUAGUAUUUUUAAAAUAGGCCUUUUCCCCAACUUUAAGCAUUUUCGCUUCUAUUUGUCCACGAAAUCCAUUUGUUUCUGAUCAUCCCAGGGAGGUAAGAAGCAAACACGCUACAGCCGCCCCCCACCCGGCCUCCCCGGGGAUGGAGGAGCCUCCCCUGCACCCUGCGUGGCCUUGCCCCCCCACACACACACGGGUGCCCAGGUGUGGCACCCAGCCCUGGGCUCGCCAGACGCGUUCGCCUUCCCCGGUGAGACUAGAACGUGCUAGCUGAUGUGUGUUUUUAUUCCAAAAUACUUUUUUAAAGAAGUGUUGUUUUUCAUCGCACCCAUGAAUGAGUCGUUUGCCAAAUGCUGCCCCCGUGGCGCUGGGCCGUGGCCGCGUGGCUGUGGUUUCUAGCCCGUGUCCUCAGCGCGUGGUGUCUCCUUGUGGCCUUUGGAGACUGCCAGACCAGCGUGUUUCCUAGCUGUCUUUACAACCGAUUAAACUAGUUUCAA